GUUAGUUGGGUCGUUAGUUGCAACGAUACAACAAUCGGUAAUCCGCGAAUUAUAUGCAAAUGCUGUCAUCUCUAGCGGCAGCGGCGUUUUCGGUGGGUCAAAACAACAAAGCGUAGGCAACAAAAAGCGAAAAAAAAAGAAAACGAAACGACGACGAACGUGAAGCAAACAACGAAAUUCAAACGCAUUUAUUAAUUUGCGCUGUACUGAUACAUUUGCAUUUGCGGCAGCCGCAAAUCACACUAUUUGCUCAGGGAUCAAUUUUAAAUAAGACGAAAAAAACAUUGUGAUUUAUAAACAAUAGAAAUCGAAAGAAAACGCCGCCACCGCGAUGAAAAUCACAGUGACCACCACCGAUGAUAAAAUUUUCUUUCUUGAUGUCGCCGAGGAUUUGGAGCUGGAAAAUCUAAAGGCACUCUGUGCCAUGGAAAUUGGCUCGGAGGUCAAUCAAAUCAUGGUGCUCUUCAAUGGACGCGAACUGACCAUUGAUAAGCAAUCGCUGCGAGAGUUCGGCGUUCGUGACGGCGACUGCAUUGUGCUGGAGCGUCGCAGGAGUAUUCCCAAUCGGACAGCGGGCAACAAUAAUCCAUCGAUAAGCAAUUUGGACUUUAGCAGCAUUGCUGUGCCGGGCACAAGUACAGCUGGAGGCAGUCCGCCGACACAGAAUUCCGUGACGCCGGGAUCGUUGAACUUGCAACAGCAGUUGGAACAGCACUUGCAACAGCAACAGCUAACGGAUAUACCCAUGACAGAUGAGUUCAAUGUUAACUUUGAUGAUGAUCCGGCGACAGUGCGUCAAAUGUUUCUAUCCAAUCCCGAGGCGUUGGCACUGUUGCGACAAUACAACACGCCGCUGGCUGAGGCCCUGGACUCGGGUGAUAUGGAGACAUUUACUCGGGUGCUACGGGAGCAUAUUACGGAACGAAAGCGUCGCAAUGAUCAGCGUAUGCGUAUGCUUAAUGCUGAUCCAUUUGAUGAGGAGACACAACGCCUUAUUGCCGAGGAGAUUAAGCAGAAAAACAUUCAGGAUAAUAUGGCAGCAGCCAUUGAAUAUAAUCCGGAAAUCUUUGGCACCGUCACAAUGCUCUACAUCAACUGCAAGGUGAAUGGUGUGCCGGUCAAGGCCUUCGUCGACUCUGGUGCACAGACAACGAUUAUGAGCAAGGAUUGUGCGGAGCGUUGUCAUGUCAAUCGUCUUAUCGAUACACGCUGGAAUGGCGUCGCCAAAGGUGUCGGAACACAGCCCAUUUUGGGACGAAUUCACAUGGUCCAGCUGCAGAUUGAGAACGAUCAUUUGACGUCCAGCUUUACGGUGUUGGGCCAGCAGCCCAUGGACAUGCUAUUGGGUCUGGACAUGCUCAAGCGGCAUCAGUGCCUUAUUGAUUUGCAGCGCAAUCUGUUGAUUAUUGGCACCACCGGCACAUCGACGCCAUUUUUGCCGGAAAGUGAGCUGCCUCCUUGCGCUCGACUCACUGGCAAUCCGGAGGAUAACGAGCAGCAAGCCAUUGCCGAAGCAAUUGAGCAGAGCAAGCGGGAAAGUGGCGGAGCCAGCACAAGCAGCAGCGUCAUCACUCCGGCCGUAUCCGGUUUCAAUGCUAGCAAUAUUAACUCUAUACAGCCGCUGGAUCGCUUUACGGAACAGGAUGUUAGUGAUUUAAUGGCAUUGGGUUUUCCACGCAGCGAUGUCCUGACUGUGCUACGGCUCUGCAAUGGUAAUAUAGCAAUCGCCAGCUCGAUGCUGGUCAACCGUAAUGCUGCUGCCGGCGGUGGCGGAUUCAGCUGAACGCUACUCCAAUGGCGCCACCUGCUCCACCUCCUCCUCCUUCUCAACGUUCACUUCUCUGGGAUCAAUCAAAACCAUUUUGCAAUACACUGUAAACUAAACAAUAUCAACACGAUGCCGAUGCCGACGCCAAUUCCGAUUUAUUUCACAAAAACUAUAAAAAAGAAAUCACAAUUUUAAUUUAGACAAAUUUAAUUAACUAAAUGAAACGAUUUCUUUUAUAUCUUUUUCUUUCCUCUGUACAAUAGUUAAUUCAAUUGCAAGAAAUUUAAGCCUUUAACUGAAAGCAUAUUUAGAAUUUAGUUUAACCCACACACACACACACACACACACCCACAUCCACACAUAUAUAUAAAAAGUUAUUAUCUUUUUAUAGCAUUAAAUUUUGUACGAAAUCCGAUUUGGAAUUGUAUGAAGAAGAUGAAAAAUACCGUCUAUGCUAAUGCCACAACAUUUGUAAUAGCCGCUUGCAACGAAAUGUGCGAAAUAUAUAUACACACACACACACACAUACAAUACACAAUAUACAGAUCUUGGUAUAUAUACAAUUAUAAAAUUUACAAUUUGAAUUAGUAUUAAGACUAAAACCAAUGGUAAUGUAUGUAUGAAGUGAAAUGGUUAAAUAAAACGAGACUUGUUUUGGAUUGGAUUGAA